CAUUGCGCUCCAGAUGUGAAGCCAGCCCAGGCGACUGCGAAGGGUCUGUCAUUUUGGCACUAGACUUGCAAGGGCUUGAAUUAAGACUCCGAUCCCCAAGAUGUUCCGCCGAAACUCUCCGCAUUGGCGGUAAUUAGUGGCAGAAAGCAAUCACUCCGAUUUUCUGAAGAAUGACCGAGUAGUUUGCGGAAGGUGAAGAAAGGAAUAUUGUCUUUUUAUUAUACAAUAGCCGUUCUUUUAUGGAAUCCGAUGUGUGUUGAGGGUCAGGUAUCAAGCAAGGCUAGCAUCAUGAAGGCCUCUGAGCGUCUUACUGUCGUUAUCAAACUAGGCACAAGCUCUAUUGUUGACGAAAAAACCCAUGAGCCCAUCCUCUCUAUUCUCUCGUUAAUUGUUGAAACGGCCGCCAAGCUUCAUCGGGAUGGUCACAAUGUUGUCCUCGUUUCAUCCGGCGCCGUGGGUGUAGGGUUGCAACGGAUGGAUAUAGAAGAAAGACCAAAGAGUCUGCCUCGCGUCCAGGCACUUGCAGCUGUCGGUCAAUGCAGGCUCAUGAGUCUUUGGGACGCACUAUUUUCGCAUCUUCGUCUCCCUGUGGCCCAAAUUCUGCUGACAAGGAACGAUAUCGCAGAUAGAACGCAAUAUGUCAAUGCUCAAAAUACCUUCUCGCAAUUGUUCGACAUGGGAGUAAUUCCAAUCGUCAACGAGAACGAUACACUGGCCGUUUCUGAAAUCAAAUUCGGUGAUAACGACACAUUGUCGGCCAUCACAGCGGCCAUGGUCAAGGCUGACUAUCUAUUCUUGAUGACUGAUGUGGAUUGCCUUUAUACCGCUAAUCCACGCACUAAUCCCAAUGCAAGGCCAAUAGAAGUGGUUACGGACAUAUCUUGUCUAGAAGCAGAUGUUUCAUCUGCAGGCUCUUCCCUGGGAACUGGUGGCAUGAGCACAAAGAUCAUUGCUGCAAAACUGGGGACGAGUGCAGGUGUUACUACGAUCAUCACCAAAAGCUCGAAGCCCGGAAAUGUUCAUGAGAUUGUAAAAUAUCUCCAAGGGAUUCGACAGAAAUCCUCUGAAGGAAGCGCUACGGCCGAUAGCGAUCUUCAUAUGACGAAUCAAGAGCCUCCAUCAUCUCCUCCUCUUCACACCCGGUUCCUUCCCUCAGAUAGUCCUAUCCAGUCACGGUCAUUUUGGCUACUCUACGGCUUAAAACCCCAUGGGACUAUCUAUAUCGACAAUGGUGCAUACCAUGCACUCCAAAACAAAGCAGGUCUUCUCCCGGCUGGCGUAUUGGGUGUGGAAGGUUAUUUUGCACAACAGGAAGCAGUGCGAUUGGUUGUGGUGGAGAAAAUCUCUCCUGACGCUCUAAAUGGCGAAUUUCUUCAUCACUGGCAAGAGCCGAAGGAAGUUGGCCGUGCUUUGGUCAAUUACGGCAGCGUUGAGGUCGCUCGUAUCAAGGGUCACAGAAGCACCCAGAUUCAAUCCCUCCUCGGUUACGCUGAUAGCGAAUACGUCGCCUUGCGCGAGAAUAUAUCCUUCUUCAACCACGAAGAUUUCUCUCAGCGGUAAUGUUAUACUUGUGAGGAGGACUGCUGACAGAAACGCCAAAUACCUGGUGUCAUUUUAGGAGACCACUUUUAUUGGUGAAUGUUUGAUUAAUGUUUGAUUUGAUCAUGCCUUAACUUUCACGAUGAUAUGCACAUUUUUGUUUUUAUUUACACCACUGUCACUUUCUCCAAUUCCAUCUUCUCGGUAUUAACCUUUCCUUUGCACUAGAGAGCGACCAAAAAGGAUAGAUAGACUGCAUUAUGAACCUCAGACAUAAAGAAUUUACUAUCAGAUACAAUCCGUUGGAC